AUGUCUGACUCUGGCCUCAUGAGGAAUGGAAGCCUGUCCCUCUGCACUGAAUUCACACUGGUGGCCUUUUCUUCUCUAGCAGCUGUCCUCUUCUUUGUGUUCUUGGUUUUCUAUUUGUUUACAGUGGGAGGAAAUCUCAUCAUCAUCUGUGUGAUCUGGGCCACCCCUUCCCUGCACACUCCCAUGUACUUCUUCCUGAUCAACCUCUCUUUUCUGGAGAUGUGUUAUAUCAGCAGUGUGGUACCUCAGAUGCUGGUGCAUCUACUGGUGCAUCCUAAGACCAUAAGUGUGAGAGGCUGUGCAGCUCAGAUGUAUGUAUUCACCAUCUUGGGACUGACAGAAUGCUGCCUGCUGGCUGCCAUGGCUUAUGAUCGCUUUGUGGCUAUUUGUUACCCACUGCAUUACACUCUGCGGAUGGGCCCUUUGGUCUGCUUGAAGUUGGCUGGGGCAUCUUGGAUGACUGGAACAGUGGUGGAGUCGGUACAGACCACAUGGAUCUUCACUCUGCCUUUCUGUGGAGCAGGAAAAAUUCAGCAUUUCUUUUGUGACAUCAUGCCUGUGGUGAAACUGGCAUGUGUGGAUACCUCCCAGAAUGAAAUUGUGAUAUUUAUCGUUUCCCUCAUCUUCAUUAUGAGUCCCUGUCUCUUCAUCCUGUGCUCCUAUGUGCGCAUCCUUCUGACCAUCUUGAGAAUGCCUUCAGCAGCUGGCAGACACAAAGCUUUCUCUACCUGUUCCUCUCACAUUCUAGUCGUUUCUCUUUUCUAUGGCACUGCCUUGUUCACUUAUCUCCAACCCAAGAGUUCACACACCCCAGACGCCGACAAGGCUACUGCUCUCAUGUACACUGUGGUCACCCCUGCUCUGAAUCCUGUUAUCUACACGCUAAGGAACAAGGAAGUGAAAGAAGCCUUUCGAAAGGUAACACAGAGGAAGCUCCUUAGAUAA